AUGGAAGAAAACAACUUGCCAUCACUACUGCUCCUUCCACCCCCGCCGCACCCUUCCGAUCGAGUGGCUUUGAGCGCAGCUUAUCGCCCGUCACUCAAGUCCGCCAUCGCAAAGCUGAAGGACCAGAAUUCUCCAAGCGGCGCCCUUCUGAUUGUUGCCGUAGCUUCGCCCGUCUUGUCUGGGAGGUCUCAGAGACAAAAAUCGUUGUCAUGGACACAAGUCCAGUCGAUUCUGGCUGGCAUUUACAGCAUCGUCUCAGUGAUAUGCGCGCAGCUUGGGGUGGCCACUGAUGCCGGUGCAGGACGUGACUCUGUGGAUGUUCGAGUUGUGCUCGUCGACCACGACCUGACCAGAAAGCCUACUUCUGAUUCCAAACCGGCAAUUGCAUCGAACAACACAGUUGUCGUGGAUCUGGUCACCUUUGUGUCUGCCUAUCAUCCAUGGAAGUACGUCUUUGGUGUUGGCAAUGAGGCUGGGCAUCAGCUUCUCUCCACGUACUUGAAGAUGUUCGAAGGCAAGCAACCGCUGAGACAGGACCAAAUUGUGGUCGUAGAAGGGGGCCUUACUCUAAAUGUGGAAGCAUCAAACCCUACUCAGCCACCUCAAAUCACAGGCCACGAUGUAGUUUGCUUGGGUGGGACCUUCGAUCAUCUUCACCCUGGCCACAAACUUCUCCUCACAGCAGCUGCAUUGCUACUCAGCAUCCCAGCAGAAGGAACGGCAAAACCCUGUGUUCUCAUCAUCGGUAUUACUGGGGACGAACUGCUGAAGAACAAAAAGUACGCUGAAUACGUACAACCUUGGGAGGACCGAGCUCUCAACGUCAUCAAAUUCCUUUCGUCCAUGGUUGAGCUCCAGAAGGAUGGAUGGAAAGAUGGUCUGGAACCCAAGCUAGCGAAGAAAGAUGGUGAGAUUACUGCAUCUUUUCGGGCUGACACAAUAUCAAUCCAGUGCGUCAAGAUUCAAGACGCCUUUGGCCCUACUAUCACCGAGGAGAACAUCGGCGCACUUGUUGUUUCAGGUGAGACGAGAUCAGGCGGUGGUGCGGUCAACGAUCGCAGAAGGGAGCUGGGUUGGAAGCCGCUCGAGAUGUUUGAAGUGGAUGUGCUCGAUGCCGAGGAAAUCGCAGACAUGCCAACAAAGACCGAGAACUUUGCUUCAAAGAUUAGCAGCACUGCAAUCCGCAAACGAAAGGCCGAGGCAUGUUUGUAA